UCAAGACACCAAAAAAUUAUACAUCAAAACAUUUAUAAAAAAUUAUUGCAACCCUGCUUAUUGACUGUCAGUCAAUAGCAGUGCUGCCAAAUUCGACAAAUUAUCUUAGCGCGAAAAGCUGCAAGUAGUUUCAUGAGAAUUUUGUUUGUAUAUAAGCGGAUCGCUUUAUUAAGUUAACUUAAAAAUGUCGGUUGAAACUGAAAAUAUAAUACUGCCAAAAACAUUGGAGGAGUUCACAGAAACUGACAGUUUAUGCGAUGCAUUGAAAGAUCCAACAUUUUUGGCCAAAGUCCCAUUGUUAAACUAUACGCCUUUGCACAAACUCAAGAACCAUGCUUUAGUGCGUUUUCGUGGCAUGAUACAAGAUAUGGUGGAUCCAGAAAUAUAUUUAGAAAAAUACGAAGUAAAGAGUGAUAAUGGUGACACCAGACUGCAAUGUGGAAAAUUUCGUGACACUCUUGUUAUGAAAAACGGUGAAAACGUCAAUUUUGAAUCAAAUGCUAAUGUGCAUGGAGAAAGACGUACACUUUUUGUUGUUUCAAUACCUGGUUUAAAUGAAUGGGCCCAAACUUAUGAAUCAGAUUGUAAUAAACAAAAUUUGGAAAGCGCAGCGAACGCAAAAAGUAGUGAAAAUGCGACUUCAAAAAAACGUGCUUUUACAGAUGAAGGAUUACUUAUGGAAACAGAAGAUAUACCGUCUACAGGUAUAAAUAAUAAUACUGUUAAUGGAACAAAUAAAAGACAGUGUUUGGAAAGUGAGACCAUAGCUAACACAGAAUCAAAAAGUUCGCUAAUUGGAGUUCAAUACAUGUUGAACUCCCCUAUACCUGAACGCCCUAGUUUAGCAUGCAUGGUUAAAAUAUAUAAUGAUCUUGAAGAUUAUAUUCUAGAUACAGUAAUUGAUGCCGUCGGUUUCUUGUCCGUAGAUCCAUCUUUGGAUGGUACCGCAAUGGAUACUGACGAGUGUCAGUACAUUAGUGCAACAGAGUUGCAUGCACAGAAUCCACCACCUUCGAUUAUACCACGUUUACAUGCAAUUGUUGUGCAUAGAUUGCGUCAUUGUAAUCCCUUGUUGGACGAGCGUAUUUUAGCAUUAAAGCCACAUCCAAUAGUAGAUGCUGUUAAUGCAUUCAAAGAUUUGCACAGGAUGUUAACGUUGUGCUUGUUCAAUGAUUCAUUAGCAGCAGACUAUCUCAUUUCACAUCUAAUAUCCACUGUAUAUAAUCGUUCGGAAGGGGAAAGUAUUGGUAAAUUUUCUUUGAAUAUCUAUAAUUUUCCGCAGAAAGAUUUAUCUACAUACACGGAUAAGUUAUAUAAAAUUUUAGAACUACUUCUGCCAGCAAGCCAUUAUCUGCCAAUGACCUUGGAUAACAUCAACAACAGUACAUUUGUACCCAAGUAA